AUGGCUCCCUCGACCCUUUCUUUACCUAAACUAUUGCUGCUAGCUAUUGGCUUGAUGUUGUGUGGUACCACGUUGGUGCUGGUGGAGGGCCGUAUUCCUCUUUUAGAAGAUGGCCAUACACACUUCGGGGCCCGUGUUCCUUCUGUAGUACACAAUAUUUCUCCUGUAGUACACACCCAGGGCCAGACAAACAGUCUGACGAAGUUCGGCAAAGAAAUGGUGGACCAGCACAAUGUAGUUCGUAAGUCAUUGGGGUUAGGGCCUUUGACAUGGAAUGAGACGGUGGCAGAAUACGCACAGAGAUAUGCGGAUCAGAGAUCUGGGGAUUGCCAACUCGUACACUCACAAGGACCAUAUGGGGAGAACCUCUACUGGGCCUCAGGCGCUGCUGAGUUAGAGACUGCCGCAGCUGCCGUGAAGGCAUGGGUAGAUGAGAAGAGCGACUACGACUAUGCCACCAACACUUGCGUCAAUGGCAAGAUGUGCGGGCACUACACCCAGGUUGUGUGGAAGAACUCCCAACAACUCGGCUGUGCCUCCGUCAAAUGCUCCGACAAUGCUUACUUGUCCGUCUGUAGUUAUUACCCUCCUGGGAAUUACGUUGGAGAACGCCCUUACUAA